GUCGCGCCCGUAAAUGGCGGCAACGAGUGCAGCGGGGAGCAACGAGCAUGGCGAGCGCAUGGGACAGCCCGUCGAGCAGCCUGUGGGGCGCCCUGGGGCAAGCCUCCACCACGGCGCAGCUGGUGGGCGUCGACGCGCUCGGGCUGGUCUCCAUGGUCGUGCAGGCCGCCCUGGUGGCGCGCCGCCACCGGGAUGCCUGCGUGCGGCUCGCGCAGCACGUGGAGCUCGUCGGCGGCCUGCUCGGGGAGCUGGAGCUCGAGGAUCUUUUGCGGCGGGAGGCCACCAGGCGGCCGCUGGAGCAGCUCGGCAGCGCUCUGCGGCGGUGCUACGCGCUCGUGACCGCGUGCCAGGACUGCGGCUACCUCCGCCGCCUGCUCCUGGGAGCCCGGAUGGCCGACGAGCUCCGCGCCGCACAGCACGAGAUCGACAUGUUCAUCCGCCUCAUCCCGCUCAUCGCCCUCGUCGACAAUUCUACUGCAAAUAGUCGCCGUGUCAAGGCUCAUGAGGGGGUGCUCACUGUAGUCAUAGAUAGUUCAAAUCGUCACAUCAGGCUUCCAAACAAAGGAGCUACUGAACUCUGUGAAAGCGGAGAACAACCAUUUGUAGCCCUGGCAUAUGUGGAAGGACUAAAGGUUGCAUGAGCUUGUGGAUCCGUUGUUAGGGGACAAAUAUGAAGUCACUGAGAUAAUGAGAUGUGCUCAGGUGGCACUGCUUUGUGCCCAGGACAGAUCGGUCCACCAUGACAUAUGUUGCUGCAAUGCUGAACUCUGAAAGCAUAAGCUUACCAAUGGAGCCUAAGCAGCCCGCUGCGCUGAUCCAUGGGUGUGCCGACAGAGGCACGACGUUGACAUACAUGGGCCAAUCAAGCAGGACAAUAGAAGUAACCAUAACAAGUUCAGCUCCAAUGUCGACCAGAGUUCGAAUCAUUCUAGACCCGGAGGUUUGAUAUGAUGGCAAACAUUCAGUACUAGAAUAUAUUUAAAAAAUGUGAGCGAGGAUUAUGGGCUUUUUACGGCUCAGGUAGCGUACAUAUUCAGGAUAUCAAAGAUCACUUUUGUGGAGUGAAAAUAAACAUGUGUGUGUGGUUGGUACCAGCUACCAGACUGAUUUUCCAUCGACUACAUUGUAAUUCAAACAUAUCACGUUUCAUGUUUUUCUGCUGCUACUCUAGACCCAGAGGUUUUUAUUGAUGAAAACCGGUUAUCUAACACUAUUUCCUCUA